UUAGAAAAAAGCGAUGGAAAAGAUUUGAGUAAAGAUUCGAUUGAACAUAAACGGAAUCUGGCUGCUCAGUUUGAAUGGGAAGGUUUAGCCGCGUUAGCCGGUUAGCAGCUGAGGAAACAACAACUAGUUAACGUUAGUGGUUUAUCAGAGGUGCACAGAGUGGCGUGAACCUAUUCAAGUAACGAUGAAAUUACACUUCCAAAAAUAAUUAGAUACAAAAGCAGGAAUGAAAAAAAUCCUCAAGUACAGAGUUCUCGGUAAAACUGCAGCGGAACGUCUUUGUAACUACAUUCAGUGUCUCUUGGCAUAGGAACUGAAGACUGGUCAGCUCAGCAUUUGGACAUUCAGGAAGAGUGAGAGUCCUGAGCCUGCGGUACUGAGCUCUCUGCCUUGUAAAAAAUGGAUUUCCAACACAGAGCCGGUGGUAAAACCGGCAGCGGUGGGGUGGCCUCUGCCUCAGAGAGCAACCGAGACCGCAGAGAACGUUUACGUCAGCUGGCUUUGGAAACAAUAGACAUAAACAAGGAUCCAUAUUUCAUGAAAAACCAUUUGGGCUCAUAUGAAUGCAAACUGUGUCUCACACUUCACAAUAACGAGGGAAGCUACCUUGCUCACACACAGGGAAAAAAGCACCAGACUAAUUUAGCAAGACGAGCCGCUAAAGAGGCAAAAGAGGCCCCUGCCCAGCCAGCCCCUGAGAAAGUAAAGGUGGAAGUGAAGAAAUUUGUAAAGAUUGGACGACCGGGUUACAAAGUAACAAAACAGAGGGAUCCAGAAACUGGUCAACAAAGUCUGCUUUUCCAGAUUGACUACCCUGAGAUUGCAGAGGGUAUUGGACCCAGACAUCGCUUCAUGUCUGCAUAUGAGCAGCGGAUUGAACCACCUGACCGUCGUUGGCAGUAUCUGCUCUUGGCAGCAGAGCCCUAUGAAACUAUUGCGUUUAAGGUUCCAAGCAGAGAAAUAGACAAAUCAGAAAGCCGCUUCUGGACACACUGGAACAGGGAAACAAAACAAUUUUUCCUGCAGUUCCACUUCAAGAUGGAAAAGCUUAUGCAGCAGCCUGGUGGACAACCACCUCCUGCUGGCAUCAAACGUCCUCCUCCGCUGAUGACAGGCCUUGGCCCCCGACCGCCUAGCGAAGCAGUGCCUCCCCCACCUCCUGGAGGCAUCCCAGGCAUGCCUCCGCUGCCCCCUAAUGCCCCUCCCCAGAUGGCCCAUACUCCUGGCAUGCCUCCUCCUGGCACACUGCCACCUCAUCUGAGACCACCAAUACCUGCAGAAGGAGGAAUGCCUCCCCCAAACAACUGAGCAUGAAGCUUUGGAGAUGGUCUUUACAAUGGAUUUGUUAUGAUUUUGAUCGAUUGUCUGUGAAUGCAACUUUCUGUGACAGUUUGAUUUUUUGUAAAUAACAACUGGAGGUCCAUAUACAUCAGGAUGCUAGUUAUUUUUGUAAUUUUUUGUAACUAUAUUCCUAUAAGGAGUUUAGCCUACCACCACAGAUCAGCUUCAAAUCCAUUUGGAACACAGUUUGAAGGGCCUAUAUAUAAUUUAGUUCAUACAUUUGGUAUGAUAUACAAUUGUAAUAACUGAUUUGGUCAAACCAUUCCUUUAGUUUGUUUCCUUUAGCAGUACUUCAGGGACUUUCAACCUAGUCUGUACAUCUGUAGCACAUGGUUGGUUAUUGGUGAUAUCUUUUCUUACAGUGACUUUUGCUUAGUAAAAGAAUACAUUUUUAGUAGGAAAUAAUGGACACUUGCUUCAGAACCCGCUAGGCUUCUGUUGUAAUUGUUUCGAGUGAACAGGUGUUCUGUUCUUUUAAGGGGAUUUCUUUCUGUGGUAAGCAAUCAUGUGCUACAGGUGUGGCAAUUAGGGCCUUUUUGAAGAACACAGGAGUGUUCCUUAAAGCUUGCUUGUCAAUCUGUGAGUUUAGCACCCCCAUCAGUCCAGAGUAGUUGUUUUAUUUUCAAUAAAUGUGGCAAGGUGGCUGUUGUGACAAUGUCAAGAACUUUAUUAUUAAAACCUCUGAAACGAGUAGUUGUUUUUUGUUUUUGUUUUUUUUUGCCUGUGAGCAUAUCAGGUUUGGAAUGACCAUCUGUUUAGGGAGGUUGUCUAUUCAUGAUGAUGUGUGAUGUGCUUGGAGAUGAUGGGUGGUAAAUAAUUUUGAAUGCUUAACUUGAAUACACUGGCUUUCAUGUUCCUGUUUCAUGGUCCUUCUGUGCACAUAACUAAUGAUUAUGCCGCCAAAAUUGGUUUCAGCAAAACUAUAAACAUAAUAAAUGGAAAUUAAUGGAAA